CAAAGAAAUAACAGUCAUUAAAAAACCAAAAACCAAUGCAAAGUGAAACAACCAUGUCUGGAGAAGUGCGUUUGAAGCAGUUGGAACAGUUUAUUUUGGAUGGGCCAACUCAGACUAAUGGGCAAUGCUUCAGUGUGGAAACCUUGCUGGAUAUACUCAUCUGCCUUUAUGAUGAAUGUAAUAACUCCCCUCUGAGAAGAGAGAAGAACAUCCUCGAGUAUCUCGAGUGGGCCAAACCUUUUACAUCUAAAGUGAAACAGAUGCGACUACACAAAGAAGAUUUUGAAAUCCUGAAGGUGAUUGGUCGAGGAGCCUUUGGGGAGGUUGCAGUAGUAAAACUGAAGAAUGCAGAUAAGGUUUUUGCCAUGAAGAUACUCAAUAAGUGGGAGAUGCUGAAGAGAGCUGAAACAGCCUGCUUUCGAGAGGAGAGAGAUGUGUUAGUGAACGGAGACAACCAAUGGAUCACAACAUUACAUUAUGCAUUCCAGGAUGAAAACUACUUGUACCUGGUUAUGGAUUAUUAUGUUGGAGGGGACCUGCUUACAUUGCUCAGCAAGUUUGAGGACAGGCUGCCUGAAGAUAUGGCUCGUUUUUAUCUGGCUGAAAUGGUGAUAGCUAUUGAUUCAGUUCAUCAGUUGCAUUAUGUUCACAGGGAUAUUAAACCAGACAACAUCUUGAUGGAUAUGAAUGGACAUAUUCGGUUAGCAGAUUUUGGUUCAUGUCUGAAACUGAUGGAAGAUGGAACGGUCCAGUCUUCAGUGGCAGUUGGAACUCCCGACUACAUCUCUCCAGAAAUCUUGCAGGCCAUGGAAGAUGGGAAAGGGAAGUAUGGGCCCGAGUGUGACUGGUGGUCCCUAGGCGUUUGCAUGUAUGAAAUGCUUUAUGGAGAAACGCCCUUUUAUGCUGAGUCCUUGGUGGAGACCUAUGGGAAAAUAAUGAACCACAAAGAGAGGUUUCAGUUUCCUGCUCAAGUGACGGAUGUCUCUGAAAGUGCGAAGGACCUCAUCCGAAGGCUCAUUUGUAGCAGAGAGCACCGACUUGGACAGAAUGGUAUAGAAGACUUUAAGAACCAUCCCUUUUUUGCUGGCAUUGACUGGGACAACAUUAGAAACUGUGAGGCACCUUACAUCCCAGAAGUCAGCAGCCCUACUGAUACAUCAAACUUUGAUGUGGAUGAUGAUUGCUUAAAAAAUUCUGAAACAAUGCCUCCACCAUCACACACUGCAUUUUCUGGCCAUCAUUUACCAUUUGUGGGUUUCACAUAUACAAGUAGUUGUGUGCUUUCAGACCGCAGCUGUCUAAGGCUGACAGCUGGACCACCCUCCAUGGAUCUGGAUGCCAGCAUUCAACGAACUUUGGAGGAUAGUUUAGCAACAGAAGCUUAUGAGAGGAGAAUAAGACGUCUAGAGCAGGAAAAGCUUGAGCUUAGCAGAAAGCUACAAGAGUCCACCCAGACAGUCCAGGCUCUGCAGUAUUCAACAGUGGAUGGCCCCAUAACAGCAAGCAAAGAUUUAGAAAUUAAAAGCUUGAAAGAAGAAAUUGAAAAGCUGAAGAAACAAGUAACAGAUUCUGGUCAGCUAGAACAGCAACUUGAGGAGGCCAGCACUGCAAGGAGGGAGUUGGAUGAUGCUUCCAGACAAAUAAAGGCUUUUGAGAAACAGGUCAGAACGCUGAAGCAAGAGAGGGAAGAUCUUAAUAAGGAACUGGCAGAGUCUAGUGACAGAUUAAAAUCCCAAGCCAAAGAGCUGAAAGAUGCACACAGCCAGCGGAAAUUGGCAAUGCAGGAGUUCUCAGAGAUGAACGAGCGGCUGACAGAUUUGCACUCUCAAAAACAAAAGCUUGCCCGCCAGCUCCGAGAUAAGGAGGAAGAAAUGGAAGUGGUGAUGCAAAAAGUAGAAAGUUUAAGGCAAGAGUUACGCAGAACAGAGAGACUUAAAAAAGAACUGGAAGUCCAAGCUGAAGCCGCAGCUGCUGAGGCAUCCAAAGACAGGAAAUUGCGGGAGAGAAGUGAACAGUACUCUAAGCAGUUGGAAAGCGAAGUAGAAGGCCUGAAGCAAAAACAGAUUGGUCGCUCACCUGGGGUAAGCAGCAUAGAACACCAGCAAGAGAUCACCAAAUUAAAGGCAGACCUGGAAAAGAAAAGUGUUUUCUAUGAGGAGGAGCUAUCUAAACGUGAAAUAAUGCACGCUAAUGAAGUCAAAAGCCUGAAGAAAGAACUGCGGGAUGCAGAGAGCCAGCAACUUGCCCUCAAAAAGGAGAUCAUGAUUUUGAAAGACAAGCUAGAGAAAACCAGAAGGGAAAACCAAAGUGAAAGAGAGGAGUUUGAAACGGAGUUCAAACAGAAGUAUGAACGAGAAAAGAUUCUGCUGACAGAGGAAAACAAAAAGCUUUCCAGUGAACUUGAUAAGCUCACCACCAUGUUUGAGAGGCUGAGUGUGAACAACCGGCAGCUGGAAGAAGAGAUGAGGGACCUGGCUGAUAAAAAGGAGUCAGUGGCCCACUGGGAGGCCCAGAUUACUGAGAUCAUCCAAUGGGUAAGUGAUGAAAAAGACGCUCGAGGAUACCUUCAAGCUUUGGCUUCUAAAAUGACAGAAGAACUAGAGGCCCUGAGGAACUCCAGUUUGGGUGCAAGAGCUACAGACAUGCCCUGGAAGAUGCGCCGCUUUGCCAAACUGGAUAUGUCUGCAAGGUUGGAGCUCCAGUCUGCUCUCGAUGCUGAAAUCCGAGCCAAACAGGCUAUUCAAGAUGAGCUGAAUAAAGUCAAAGCUUCCUGUAUCUCUACAGAGUGUAAAUUGCAAGAAUCUGAGAAGAAGAACAUGGAGCUGCUGGCAGAUAUCGAAAGGCUGAAAAAGGAGACAGAAGAGCUUAGAUCAGAAAAGGGUGUAAAGCACCAAGACUCACAGAAUUCUUUCUUGGCAUUUUUGAAUGCGCCUACCUCUGCUCUGGAUCAAUUUGAAGAUUCCUUUUCCUCCUCUUCAUCCUCAUUGAUUGAUUUUAUGGAUGACCGCUCUCCUUCCUGUAUUCCAGCUAACAAAGGCAGACGUAUUGAUUCAGUUGAGAAUUUUACAUUGUCUAAUACACCAUCAAGGGACGAAGAUAGCAAGUCUCACCUCCAUUCAAGAUCAAGGUCUCCUUCUACAGCUAGUGAGAUUGAACCAAUUGAGGUUGCAGACCAUCCUCCCCGUUCAAUGCACACACCAACCAUGAGGACAGCAUACAUUGGAUCAGGACUCUCUGCACCAAAGCCUAAAGCCCACCAGUUUGUUGUGAAAUCAUUUAACACGCCAACAAAAUGCAAUCAGUGUACCUCUCUGAUGGUGGGUUUGAUACGACAGGGCUGCACUUGUGAAGUAUGUGGAUUCUCUUGCCAUGUGACCUGUGCAGACAAGGCUCCUGCAGUAUGUCCAAUCCCUCCUGAACAGACUAAGGGACCUUUGGGAAUAGAUCCACAGAAAGGCAUAGGAACAGCUUAUGAGGGACAUGUCCGAGUACCGAAACCAGCUGGAGUAAAGAAAGGUUGGCAGAGAGCGCUGGCAGUGAUCUGUGAUUUUAAACUCUUCCUAUAUGAUGUAGCAGAAGGAAAAGCAUCCCAGCCCAGCGUGGUAGUGAGUCAGGUCAUAGACAUGAGGGAUGAAGAAUUCUCAGUGAGUUCUGUCUUGGCCUCAGAUGUCAUCCAUGCAAAUCGGAAAGAUAUCCCCUGUAUCUUUAGGGUUACAGCUUCCCAGCUCUCUGCAUCCAGUAAUAAGUGUUCAAUCCUGAUUCUGGCAGACGGUGAGAAUGAAAAGAGCAAGUGGGUAGGAGUGCUGAAUGAGUUGCACAGGAUCUUGAAGAAGAACAAGCUCAAAGACCGCUCAGUCUAUGUUCCCAAAGAGGCUUAUGACAGCACCUUACCCCUCAUCAAAACAACACAGUCAGCAGCAAUUAUAGACCAUGAAAGAAUAGCUCUGGGGAAUGAAGAAGGAUUAUUUGUUGUGCAUGUCACCAAAGACGAGAUUGUCCGUGUUGGUGACAACAAGAAGGUUCAUCAGAUCGAGCUCAUCCCCAGCGAGCAGCUGGUGGCAGUGAUCUCGGGACGAAACCGUCACGUGCGGCUGUUCCCUGUGGCUGCCCUGGAUGGAAGGGAGACUGAGUUCUACAAGCUGGCGGAGACGAAAGGCUGCCAGUCCAUAGUGUCUGGCCACGUGCGCCACGGAGCCCUGACCUGCCUGUGUGUAGCCAUGAAAAGGCAGGUCCUCUGUUAUGAACUCAAUCAGAGCAAGACACGGCACAAAAAGAUCAAGGAGAUCCAAGUCCAGGGCAACGUCCAGUGGAUGGCAAUCUUCAGCGACCGGCUUUGCGUGGGCUACCAGUCAGGUUUCUUAAAAUACCCCCUGCACGGAGAGGGCAGCCCCUACAGCCUGCUCCAUCCGGAUGACCACACACUCUCGUUUGUCUCACAGCAGCCAACUGAUGCCAUCUGUGCAGUCGAAAUCUCAAACAAAGAAUACCUGCUGUGUUUUAGCAGCGUAGGGGUUUACGUUGACUGCCAGGGCCGAAGGUCUCGGCAACAGGAAUUGAUGUGGCCUGCGACUCCAUCUUCUUGUUGUUACAAUGCACCAUACCUCUCUGUGUACAGUGAAAAUGCAAUUGAUAUCUUUGACGUGAACUCCAUGGAGUGGAUUCAGACUAUUCCUCUCAAAAAGGUACGACCCUUGAAUACAGAAGGAUCACUAAACCUUUUAGGCUUGGAGACAGUUAGAUUAAUAUAUUUCAAAAAUAAAAUGGCAGAGGGUGAUGAACUAGUAGUUCCUGAGACAUCAGAUAACAGCCGGAAGCAGAUGGUUCGAAACAUCAACAACAAGCGCCGCUACUCCUUCAGAGUUCCAGAGGAGGAGAGGAUGCAGCAGAGGAGGGAGAUGCUACGUGACCCAGAAAUGAGAAACAAAUUAAUUUCUAACCCAACUAAUUUUAACCACAUAGCACAUAUGGGGCCAGGAGAUGGUAUACAAAUUCUCAAAGACCUUCCAAUGCAGCGUUCCCCUUAUCAGUUCCCUCAUCAUCACUCCCGUCUGAUCUCCUCUCCGAGCAACUUUGAGCACAUCUACCACAUGACUGUUAACUCAGCUGAAAAAUUCCUCUCUUACGAUUCCAUAAACCCUGCAUUUUCCCCGCCUCCACGCUCUGUCCUGGGUACUCCAGACUUUGUGACUCUGAGGAACCUUCGGCCGCAGGAGAGCCGGACGGUGUUCAGCGGCUCUGUCAGCAUCCCAUCCAUCACCAAAUCCCGCACGGAACCAGGGCGGUCCAUGAGUGCCAGCAGUGGCUUAGCAGCACGAUCGUCUGCACAGAAUGGCAGUGCCCUGAGGAGGGAGUUCUCGGGAGGCAGCUACGGAGCGAAGCGGCAGCCCAUGGCCUCGCCCUCAGAUGGGUCCCUGUCCUCUGGUGGCCUAGACCAAGGCAGCGAUGCACCAACAAGGGACUAUGAGAGAGAGGACUCUGACUCUCCAAGACAUUCUACUGCAUCAAACAGCUCCAACCUCAGCAGCCCUCCCAGCCCAGUUUCUCCUCACAAGACCAAGAGCCUCUCCCUGGAGAGCUCUGACCACGUGAGUUGGGACUCAUGAACUGCUUCAGCAUUCAGAUUUGACAUCACAGCAGCUCGCUACCCCCAUGGCUGUCCCCUUCACUUGCUCCAGUUCUCACCUUCAUCAUCCUAACCUCCAAUCCCUGUCUGACAGUGAUCUGGGAGCGUGGGGUACAGAGGAAGGUUAAAGCUGGUCACCUGCAGCACCGUUCGGCACUGCCUCACCCUUCCCUUCCCCACAUUUGACAGCAGCAAAGGAGCAAAGCUUAGGGUGUUGGUAAAUAUCAGAUGCUGUAGACUUUGUAUUAGCAUUGGUUUCCUUUUUGUGGUUACAGCUGCUUCAUUUUUAAAGACAUAUUUAUCCCACCUCCUCCUCCACCUCCCCACACACACACACCUUCCACUUCCCAAAAAGUAGCUUCUGUAGACUGGCUCAGUAUCAAGAAGAGAAAAUUCAGAGGGAUUUUGUUUUGUUUUCCUACACUAGUUCAUUGUACUGUACAAAAGUAGCACAGAGACCCCUUCCCCCUCUCCCCACCCAGCUUCCUCAGCACGGGGAACCAUCAGUACAUGUCAGAGGCACAUAAAAAAACAAAGCUUUCCAAGCCACCACGUUUGAAUGUUAAUCUGAUUGUCGCCAGCAAAUCCUUAUCGAUGAAGAGGAUGCAAUAUUUUACUACUACAGGACAGAGUUUAAAUGAGUAUGCAGAUGUUAGAGGUUAAAAUAGGUUAUGUAUAUAUUCAAAGAGAAGAAAAAAAAAACAAAAACA